AUGCCGACUACCGGUCUUCUCUAUGUGACUAUGCAGCCCAAGGGCUCUUUGCCCGACACUCAAUUCCACGACUGGUACAACUCCGAGCAUGGUCCCCUGCGCCUGCGUCUCCCCUUCAUCACCAAUGGAUUCCGCUUCCGGGCCACCGACGGCGAGGCCCCCGAGUAUGUGGCGCUGUACGAUAUCACCGACAUGGACGAGUUGACCCGCAAGACCUACCUGGAUCUGCGAACAGAUCUAAUUAAGACUGAGCGUGAGAAGAAGACCAUGGCCCAGAUCGAUGUCGGCCGCAAGCUGUACGAUCUGGUGGAGGAGCGGAGCCAGGACAACUACAUCCAGUUGGAGGACCGAGCCGAUACCGAUCCCGAGACCCGCGGCAGCGUCAUGAUUGCUGUCACAACCACCUUCCCCGACGCAGAGAAAGAGGCCGAGCACGACCGCUGGAACCGCGAGGAGCACAUCGAGAUGCUUUCCCGCGUGCCAGGAUGGCGUCGCACUCGUUUGUUCCGCACUGCCGCCAUUGACUCGGCUGCGCCGCGUGAGACCCUUGCUCUGCACGAGUACUCUCCCGUCAACGGUCUCGGUGGUGAGGAACACAAGGCCGCCAUGAACACCCCUUGGCGCCAGCGCCUUCAGGACGGGGGUAUCACUUCCAAGGUCCGUCGCACUUACCAGUGGUACUACACCUUCGGUCCUGCUCCCCGUGAGCUCUCAUCCCUUGCCAACUCGGAUGUUAUCGGACCUUGGUCUUCCAACGACGGUAAGACUCGCACUCUGCCCUCGACCACCCGCCCGGCUGUUGAGUCGUACGUUACAACCAAGGACGGUGUUGAGAUCCCCUACCGCUUGGAGGGUAGCCUCGACCCUGAGGCACCCGUCGUUGUGCUCAGCAACUCCAUCCUGGUCAACUGGAACAUCUGGGACCGCUUCGUGGAUGCCUUCCUCGCCCGCAAGGAGAACCAGAAGUACCGCGUUGUGCGCUACCUGACCCGUGGCCGCCGCUCUGCCAGCGGCGAGCAGCCCGUCAACAUUGAUGUUCUUGCCUCCGACCUGAACACUCUGCUCGAGGCCCUGCGUGUCUCCCCCAAGGCCGCCCGCCUGAUCGGUGUCAGCCUUGGCGGUGUCACCGUUCUUAACACUUCCUUGCUCUUCCCCGAGCGCGUUGGCGCCUUCAUCGCCUGUGACACCAACUCCUCUGCCCCCGAGUCCAACCGCAAGGCCUGGGGCGACCGUGUCGCUAUUUGCGAGAAGGAGGGAUCUGUAGACCCCGAGACCAAGGAGCCCAUCGUUGGUGAGGAGCUCGCUGAGGUCACCACCCGCCGCUGGUUCGUUCCUGAGUCCUACGAGACCCAGCCUGAGGUGCUGGCUCCCGUCAAGGAGGCCGUGCGCACCAACAGCCUGAAGGGCUUUGCCCACAGUGUGCAAGCUUUGUGUGCCUACGACAUCCGCGACCGUAUGGCCAAGGCCACUGUUCCCGGUCUGUUUGUUGCUGGUGCCGGUGACGGUGUCCUGCCCCAGACCAUGCAGAAGAUGGCUGCCGAUUUGAACGGUGGUGCUGAGCUGAAGAUCAUUGACAAGGCUGGCCACUUGCCCAUGGUUGAGCAGCCCGAGGCCUUUGCCGAUGUGGUCACCGAGUACUUGAGCAAGAUCGAUGCUUAG